AUGGUGAUCAGAAAUAAAGAUCCGUGCCAGCCUUGCAGGCAAAAAAAAAUAAGGUGCAAUCAUAAUAUACAACAGACCCCUAGCCCCGCGCCGGUCGUGAGCCCCAAAGCGUCCUUGACGCCCAGGAAGACGCGUCAGGCUAUGGAGAAACCCUCAACCAUUAGUCUUGGUAAUAUUCCGGUAUUUGAAAGCCAGGAGGGUCUUGAUGCGUUAGCCACGAUCAGCAACAACAACCUUGGGGCUAGAGACAACACUCCGGACUUGCUGGAAACCUGCAACACAAAGCCAGUGGUUAAACCACGCAAAAGAGGCCUCUUUAGGGAGUCUCCGCCGGCAAAGCUCACAAAAAAGCAGAGGGUGGAUAGUAGCCCAACAGACACAUUCGAAGCAGAAAUGAAUGUAUCGGUCCCGGCGUGGAUGACUGAGAAACUUAAAAGCAUCCCUGAUUUCCGGGGCCCCAUGGGCUCCAAGAGAUCAGGUCUUAGGAACUGUCGAAAGAACCUCAAAACCUUCUUCGCCAAUACCCGUGACUCGGAGGACUCGUCUAAUGGCUCUGUGCAAAGCGCGUCAACUGGCGAACCAGAGAAAGAAGAGCGCUUGAGGAUCGCCAAAGCCAGUUUAGAUACCAAUGCUUCGAGAAGCGGGUCUUCAAGGGCGACCACAUCAAUUGUGGUAAUUGAUGAUGAUGAUAACCCGUUUCCUUCAAUCAGCGAAGACUUUGAACACAACGAGAGGGUAAAAGGAGGAAUUGGGGCAUUGUCGCUAAUGAGUCCCCCGGCUCCUGCCUUGAUAGAGACUACUCUAGAAAAUCCAGAAGCUGGCAAUCCCGUAGAGGCUGAAAGACAUAGUUCACUAUCCGUCCAAGCUUUAGAGGAAGAGCCAGAAAAAUCCAUGAAACCUGGAAACGCGGGUUUGGGAAUGCUCCAGGAAGUGGAAAGCAAGUUGCCCGAAUCUGAACCGAGUGUUCCAGGCUCUUUAUCAAGCGGUAAAAAUCUUGAGAAACAGGUAAACGGACCCGUAGAGAUUGAACCGCACCAGCAAGAGACGACAGACGAUGUCGAAAAUGCGCCUUAUGGUUGUAAACCGCUGAGCACAAAAGAACUUGUACCGAUGAUCAAUGGUGCGGUGGAUGGCAAAUUGUCUUCUGAGGGUAAUGAUUCAGAGAAGGUUCCUGUAGUUACUGGCCUUGGCGAACAAGGCAUUGAACAUCGGGGAGAAGAGCAAUGCGUUGCUAGUAACCCCGAUGACCCCUCUUCUGGAGAGCCGGGUCUUCAAUCUAUCGUUACAUCAGAUGGUUCUAUUGAUGACAAGGUCAAUGUUGAGCAUAUUCCUCAUCUUGGUAGCGCGGGUGAUUCGCCACUGGACAAAGCAGGUGUCUCUGAGAAGAAUGUCUUCAAGGAUACGGUACAAAAGGAUUUGGUGGAGGUCAAGAGGGGAGAAUCAACCCAAGCUACUCUCAAGGAUGUUCAACAAAGCCCAGACGAAUCAUCGGACCCCGAGGCAAACAUUUUGUAUCCUGAUAUCGUGUUUCCGCGGUAUCAACUUCCAAUAGCACCAAUCCACCCCAAUGGAAUCGUGCAGAGUUCGGGCCUCAACCCGUGGAAUAGAGCCUCUCGGGAUGAAAGUUUAGUGUCUUCAGAGGGAUCUAUGGAUAGCGACGAUGCAAGACGAACGUUGUGGAGCAAAGAACAGGCUGAGAGCCCCUCUUUAUCUACUAUUGACAGGUCUCGCUGGAGGGAUUUGGACGCUGGGCCAAGCCGUUUUUCAGGCCCUCGAAUUGUUACACCGCUUCGCGCCACCCCUCUUGAACCUGGAAUGGGCCUGGUAGAUACAAAACGUUACUCUCAACAUGAAGGGCUGUGGAACAUGGUCACCAAUGAUUACCUCGCAAAGUUCAAGCGCGUUUCUAAAGAUAAAGAGGAAGAAAGGUUGUGA